GGAGUUAUCGCCACUUAGUCCACCUUGUGCCAAUAUGAAUUAAUAGCCACACCAGGCCUCAGCUGGGCCACAUCUGGAGAUCUGGGGUGAGGGUACAACAUCAAAAAUACUGGUCUCAGUCCAGUCACUCAUCUGUUUUUGGACAGCAAGAAAGCUAGCCUGUGGCUUGAGAACAGAACACCCACAGCGAAGGCCAGCAGAAACAUUUGCCUGCCCUCACCCCUCUGCCCCUGCUUCUACUCACUCCCCAUCUGCCCACCCACUAAGUUCCAUGACGCAUGUCAUCUCUCGAACACCCAAAAUGCCCCAGAGAGGGCGUUCUUCAGGUCUGCCUGCAGACAGGACCAUCUCCAGUGUUACUCGAGUGAUAGUGAAGACACCAGGCAACCUGAAAGACUUUAUAGUAGCUGAUGACACCUCAGUGAGGCAGUUCAAGGAGAAGCUAUCGGCUCACUUCAAAUGUCAAAUGGAUCAACUAGUGCUGGUCUUCAUGGGCCGCCUUCUCAAAGACCAUGACACACUGAGCCAGAGGGGCAUCGUAGAUGGCCACACCAUCCAUCUGGUCAUCAAGUCCAAGCACGGUUCCAGAUCCCUGGCCCAUUCCUCCAGGAACCUGCCAGUCAGCGAGCCCUGCCAUGGGGACAGAAACACCAAAGGAAAUAGCAGUGGGGUAUGCAAAUCUGCCAGCAUGAGUCAAACACCCACAGAAUCAGACCUCUUUGUGAAGACUGAUGCACCCAAAGUGCGUACGCAGGACUUGAAAGUAGACACUUCGGAGUGUAUAGCACGGAUACUGGAGAAUCCUAAUAUCCAACGGCUUCAGUCCAACAUGGAGUAUAUGCGGCAGUUCAUCUCCGAACACCCAGACAUGCAACAAUUGAUGCAGCAGAAUCCAGAAGUCUCCCAUCUCCUUGACAAUUCCGAGAUCCUAUAUCAGACUCUGGAGUUAGCCAGGAAUCUUGCCGUCAUUCAAGAGAUAAUGCAGACCCAGCAGCCUGCACAGAACCCUGAGCAUCCACUGAAUACACUGGGUUUUGAGACAAUUCCAGGUGGGAAUAAUGCCUUGAGUCAGAGCUACACUGAUUUCAAUGACCGAAUGCUCAACAAUUUGAAAGAUCCUUUUGGGGGCAACCCUUUCACAGCUCUCCUGGCAGGACAAGCACCAGAACAGCUACAGACUUCACCCACAAUUCUACCACCAUCUCAGGAAUGGCGUGACCAGCUCCCACAGCUCCCUACAACGAAAGUCAUCUAUACUAGUUCCCGUGGUUUUUCCUCCAUCUCAACUAAUGGCAUCUCAACCAAUGCCACCCCAAACAGAGUCAACCAUACUUCCACGAUCUCGACCAACGACCAAAGCCCUGUCCAUGACACUGAGAUAGCAGCCUUGCCUAGUAAAGAAGUUACCCAAAAGUCUCAAGAGGAAGACCAGGAUGCCACUAUCUCUAUAGAUAGUCCUGAACAGAAGUUGGAGGAAGAUCCCCAGUUGUCAGAUGAGCAGAAUAGUUCUCAGAUCGCAGGAGGCAUGAUGCAGUUACUCAUGAAUAAUCCCCACUUGGCAGCUCAGAUGAUGUUCAUGGGUAUGCCCCAGCUGAAUGACCAGUGGAAACAGCAGCUGCCCACAUUCCUGCAGCAGUCACAACUCUCUGACCUUCUUUUAGCCCUUACUAACCCUAAAGCGUCACAAGCAAUAUUGCAGAUCGAGCAGGGACUCCAGCUGUUGGCCACAGAGGCUCCUGUUCUUCUGCCCUGGGUUGCACCUUACUCAUGGGGCCUAGGUUGUCUUUCUGCCCCCAACUGCAACUAUCCUGACCCAAUGCACUGGGCCUGGAAUAUGCCGGAUAUACCUGAGUCCAAGAGAUCCGAGUGCUGCCACGUACCUGGAACAGUCCUGCAGAAGUUACAGUCCCUAGCUGGAGAUCCUUCCCACUUUCUACAAGCCCCUGAGAUUCGUUUCAGCAAGCAAAUGGAAUCUCUUCAGGCCAUGGGAUUUGGGAAUCACCAUGCCAAUCUACAGGCACUCAUUGCUACUGAAGGGGACACCAAUGCGGCUAUUCGCAAGCUCAUGAGAUCCCAGGGAUUCUAAAUACCACAUCUACCUGUCUGCUUUCUACCUGUCUGCUGACUCAUGAUCACCUCAUCUGCCUUUUUUUUUUUUUGUUCUUUUUUAAAAAACCUCUUCUGAUGCUUCCAACCAGGAGUAGUCCUGGAAAAGGAGAAAGCAACCAAUGCUUUCUUUACUGAAUAUUAGACCAUUGGUGAUGGCUGCAAGAUCUGUCAAUAAAAUGGCUGCACCUACAUGCCCUCA